AUGCAACGCAGGAACGUUGGAGCGAACACCCAAAUUAUCAUCCCUGCAAAGGCGAAGCAGGUCGAGGGAAUAAUCGAGAGCGGUUUCGACUACUUCGCCGGAGCGGACAUUGAGGAUGGCGGUGAUAUAGUCGAGUGCACUGGAAAAACCGAAAAGGUCAAUGAUUUUGUCGAAAGGGUUCCCGUCCGUGUCCGCGGCGGGAUUGGCCCGCAGCUUCGCCUCUUCCUCCGACAUCUUGUCCCCUGUCUGUUUGAUUGGGAUGCAUUGGACCGUGUGACUGCGUCGGUCGGCUUUCUGGUGGGCCUGUCCGCAAUACUUCACGACAUGGCAGCCACCACAGCAGAGGAGGCUAGGGCUCUGAAAUCCAACCAGGCACGGGGGAGACCGGAGGCUACAAUUGCCGUAGGGAAGGCCUAG